GAAGAGUGAUUAUGAUGUACAGACUACAGAUCCUCGAAUGUACGAAGUCACAAACACUGUGCCCUUUCCUCUCCCCUUGACUUUCUACGAGGUGUGAGGCCAAGACUCAAAGCGAUCGACAUUGCCACUGCCCCCUGUUUCCGCUGUCCAACGCCGAAUGUUCUCAUCAUCACUGAGAGCUACCACGUUCCGAACGCGUCGCCCUCUGCGCUGUGAAAAGAUAUGCUUUCCAUGGCUGGUCAAACAACUGAACAUCGCGUCCUGAAUGUAUGAUGCGAGCACCUCUUGCGGUAUUCCGACAUAUCACCCAGGAGUUGAGUGGUCGCUCUGGCCCUCCGAUCUCUCAAGGUCAGACUUUUCCGAGAAGACGAAUGUCGAGGGUCGGCUCGAAGAUGCAUGUGAGCUGUGGAAUUCUCUCUUGACCACAAAGCUGAAUCAGAGUCAGCGUGGGCUCAUGAGGGCGCGCGCAGGCCGUCGUGCGCCGCCAACGAUGGGUGGACAGUAGUGGUAUGUGACUAGCGCAGUCUCAUCGGGGCGACAUGAUCAGAUGUCAUCGAAAGGCAGAUGCUUCACAGCGGGUGUCGUUUCGUCGUCUGGGUGAUUCAGUCGAGACACGACAGCCAGAUCCACAACUACAUGUAGCUCACGGAGUAUGAGAGAUUUGUGAUGGGUGUAGGCUGGAGAAAGCCGCCAGUGCGUUUGGCCAGUGAAGGCGUAGUAGCAUUGGGGAGGUUCUCGCAAGAGCGCUGCGGCGUAUUGAAAAGACCUCAGUCAGGCCUGGGCGGUCUUGGAAUGGCC